UGGUUCCUGACCCAUCUCUUUCCUCCACAGGAUCGAGGGGUCAGUCCUGGGUUCAGUUCCAGCGUCGAGCCCUGAGCCUCCAUCCCAACUCGUCCUACAGCAACCUUACUGCCCUGCUGACUGUGGCCAACAACCCCAGCCACAUCCAGCACUUCCCAUACCUGCAGGGCCUGGGGGGCAACGGAACAGGAAGUGAGCGUAGGUUUGAGCUGACUCCAGUGCGGCCAUCUCUGUCCACCUAUUGGCCACGAGGGUGGAGCUCCAGUGAAGGCCCAAUAGCAUCUCCUCCCUCUACCGGCCAAUAGCGCCUGAAGGAGAACCAACACAUCCCAGCCUGGAGGUUCGACCCCAG